GAAAAAGGAAGUAAAAUUUCUUAAGAUUUCCGAUUUAAAAAAAAUUCAGACAAACAAAAACAGUAAUGCAAGGGUAUUUACAAAUGGAAACUGUACAUAAAGACUUUUCUGCUUUGAUGUUACUGUGAAUAUAAAGCAAAAAAAGUCAACUUUAAAUUUUUCAAACAGACUACAAAACUUAUUGCAAAGAUAUUAAAGUCUUUACAGGAAACAAGUCACGUCUUUUUUGUACUAGGCAUACGUAUUAUUAUAUAACAUUUGAUAAAAACUUGUUCAUCUUAUCUCUGUCUGAGAUGGGACUAAUACUAUGCGGGAACUCCAAGGGGCAUGGAGACUUCACCAAUCUUUCACUUGACAAUCGAGAUGAAUUUACCUCCAAAAAACCUGGUUUUUGUGUUGUGCUUUUAAAAGCAAACAGAUGUGACAUUGAUAGAUUGGAUGGAGUCUCUAAAAUACAUCCAGGAAAUUCAAAUAAAUUCAAGAAAGCUCACGACAACACACUAUCAGAGCAAAUGGUUGGUGACAUGGCAGUGAAAAUGAAGUCAGUUGGGGCAAUCAUAUCAAGCAGCUCUGUACGAGGGACAGUAUUUAGAGUCGGGAGCAAGUACGUGAUGACAGCUCUGCAUGUUGUGAAGAGUAUUACCAAUCCUAGACAACUGUCCAGUAUUGCUGAAAAUGACUGGUCCAAGCUUGAUGAUCCAACUGUGUAUAUCACUUUUGCUCAAUCAGUGAUGGACUUCCGAAGCCCAAAAUUUCACAUUAAACCAGAUGUGAUUUACAUGAACAAACAGCUAGACAUUGCAGUACUUGAGCUUAAAUCUUUAGAAGGUUUACCACCAAGCCUCAAAUUGAGUAAAGAUAUGGGCCAAAUGAAUUGUGUGAACAUAAUUGGACUUGGACAUCCGACUGAUCCCAGGAAAAAACUAGAUGCCAACUGUGAAGUUCUGAACAACAACCAAAUAAGAAAAGACAUUGACAACUAUUUCAAUGCAAAUCCAAGUGUCUUGCAACUAAAUGGACAUGAACCUGGUGGCAUAAAAGGUGAAUACAUUGAAUUACAUAACACUGAUAUGUUUCCUUGCCACACAUUUUUUGAACAUGGUUCAUCAGGAGCACCUGCUGUAGAAGAGAAUGAGGUGGUAGGAAUAUUAGUAAAAGGAAUACCAGCCGCUUACUACAACCUGAGAGCUACUCCUUAUUUUACAGCCAGUGGUAUUGACAAGUUACCUAAAAACUUGAUGUUUGAGCUUUGUAUCAAAACCGAAAGUAUCUUCAAUGAUAUGCGCUACGUAGUACCAAUGCUAGCUGAUCAUUUAUUUGACUAAAAUGGGAAAAUAUUUUGAUAUAUCAUAUUGUGAAAUGAAAGACCAGAUGAAUGUGAUAAGGUACUUUCAAUAACUACAUGUAUAACAAGUAUAGAAUAAAAGUCAUUAAAGGAAUGGAUUUGAGAGUGUUUUAUUGAGAGCUUAGAGCUUCCAACACACUCAAACUAAACUAAAAUAGUAUAAAAUAAAGUCAUCUCUGUGUUUAAAGUGCAAAUAAUUCUUUUUAAUGUUAGUGACAUGCCUUUAGUGUUAGCGCGCCAUGAAGCCAUGUUUGUAUGACAGAAAUCAUGAAAUGACAUCACGUUAAAUAUAUGCACGGCCUUGCAAUGGUGCUUUUACAGUCACAAAAGCAGCACAGGUUUGUGAUAUGAUUACAAGGAACUCCGGAUAUAUGUGAUAACUGUCACAGAGUUUGUCGGAUGGCAGAGAGGUCAAUUCAUGAAAUUUUCCCAAAUAUGUUUUGUCAGAAAUCGUGCAACAUCUUCACAUCUGCCUCCAAGGGCAUAUUUGACCCCAUUUUUUUAUGAAAAUGAAAUAAUUAAAAGUAGCAAAGUUAUAAAUAGAGCUCUAAUAAUAAUAUUUUUAUGUAUGAAUGUGAGUGUGUAUGUAAUCUAUUACAAUGUUUUUAUAAUAAAUGAUUUAUUUUCAGAUUUAAAUUGUAAUUUUUUGAAAUCAUAUUGUUUAUUAUCUUACUGUUUAGGUGUAAAAAGCCAUAAGGCGUAUUUUAAGUAAACUUAUCUAUUAGUUCUUAAAUAUCACAUGUCAGUCUUUUUGACACUUAAGAAGAUUAUUUCACUUUUAGAAAUCUUCACUGAUUCUUAUCAACACUUUGGUUUAGGUGCUAUUUAUUCAGCAAUUAAUGCUACAUGUAUAAGAAAAAUUUAUAAUGUAACAUACAGGAUAUGUUUAAUACCUUUUUUCAUAAGAUCAUUUUUAUCCAGAUUAAGCAUCAUGUAAUACUUUUCUAUUUUUCAUUGGUUAAUAUUUUUUUUUAAUUAUUUUUCAUUAAUCAAUGUUUUUCAAUUUUCAUUGGUUAAUCAAUUAAUUAUUUAAAUUAAUAAUACUUGAGAAUAUUAUAUAGAGAGAGACAAAAAUAAGUUAAGACAGUAUUUUUAGGGUUAUUAAGACAAAAUUGGAAUUUUUAAGAAUUGUUAUAGGAACAGAAUAGGAAUCAUUAUGAAAAAGAACUAUUAAGAAUCUGAAUAAAUGUAUAAGUGACUGUUAAAAAAAUCCUGGAAGCAUUUUGAUAAGAAGCAUUGUGGACUUAAUAUAUUUUAAUAAAAGGAACUAUUAGAAACUUUGUAUAAGAAACUUGAAAGGAAUAUUGAAAUAUUAAACAUUGACAUUUCUAAUAUUAAACAUUGACAUUUCUAAUAUUAAACAUUGACAUUUCUAAUAUUAAACAUUGACAUUUAUUAAACAUUGACAUUUUUAAUAUUAAACAUUGACAUUUCUAAUAUUAAACAUUGACAUUUCUAAUAUUAAACAUUGACAUUUCUAAUAUUAAACAUUGACAUUUCUAAAUGAAUAAAUUGAAUUAGUAAUUGGGAA